AUGCAAAAAAGUGCGCUGGCCGUGCGUCGCGAGCGGGCGGCGGCGGCGCGCGCGGCGGUCGUGCCGGAGCGCGUCGAGGAGGCGGCGGCCGCGCCUGCGACGCCCGAGCCGCGCCGCAAAGCGAAAAAGAAACGCACCGACGAGCCGAAAAAGGGCGAGGCGCGCGAGGCGCCGCGCACGCCGCGAGAGACCCCUCGUAAAGACGAGGCGCGCAAAGACGAGGCGCCGCGCACGCCGCACGACGUGCCACGCACACCAAGCACCCCGACGCACGCCGAGACCGUCCAGUACGUACCGCCGCGCCUCUAUGCGCCGGACUACAAGGGGAGCCACAAGAACUGCGUGCGCUCCGACGGCACGCUCCUGUGCGGCCUCCGCGACGAGGCGCUGCUCGUGCGCGGCCAGUGCACGAUCCACGUCGAAGAGGGGCGCGUGUACGCUGCCGGCGCGGUGCUCACGCCCGACACGCCGCCGCUCGUCGCGUACGUGCCGAGCGUGCACCCUGCUUUGGAGCUGAUCGCGGAUGCGGCCGUCGGCACGCACGCCGCGCUGCCCGGAUUUGCGGCGGUAGUGCGCCUGACGCCGCUCUCGACCGGCAUCGAGCAUGUGGCGCGCGUCUGCCCGGUCGCCGGCCCCGAUCCGUUUGCGGAGCUCUGGAUCGUGACCGACGCGGCGCAGGACGCGGUGCGCACGCCGGACGAGUGGGCGCCGGCGCUCGACGCACUCACCGACGCGGACGACUGCAUCGCGCUCGUGCGUGGCGCAAAGAAUACCGGCAAGUCGACGUUUGCGCACCUCGCCUUGCACCACCUGCUGCGCACCCACCGCUUUGUCGCCUUCCUCGACCUGGACGUCGGCCAGCCCGAGUUUGGGCCGCCGGGCUUUGUCUCGCUCCAUAUCUUUGACGCAUCCGCAGAAGCCGGCGUCGUGGGGCCGGCGUGGGCGCUGCCGCGCAUCGCGGUGCGCGCGCACUUUUACGGCGACGUCUCGCCCCGCGAGGACCCCGCGCGAUACGCGGCGUACGUCGCGGACCUCGCCGAGUUUUUCCGCACCGAGCUGCACUACUACCGCGACGACCGUGCGGUGCUCGGCCAUAUGCACAGCGACGCGCCUGCGCGGCCCAAGCAGGAGCGGCGCAUGCCGCUCGUCGUCAACACCCACGGCUGGAACAAGGGCCUGGGCGCAGACCUCGUGCACCAGGCCGCGGAGCGGCUCCAGCCGACGCAUGUCUUUGAGCUCGACUCGCGCGAGGCCGGCGCGCUCGCGGCGUUUGGCGACACGCCGUGCGGCCGCCACGCUGCGCAGGCGCGGCGGCGGCGCAUCAACGCGGCCGAGGCACGCACGCUGGCCACGCUCUCGUACCUGCACGCGACGCACCUUGCUACCCCGGGCGGCGCGCUGCUCGGCCGCUGGGACUUUUUCACGCCGCUCGUCGCGCAGCGGCCGUGGGUCGUGGACGUGGCCGAGGGCCUGCCCGGCGGCCUCGAAGUGCACGUCGAUCCGUCGCUGGCGCUGCAUGCGCUGAACGGCGCACUGGUCGGCCUCGUGGCGCGCACUCCGGGCGAGGCGCCAGACGGCGACGUGUGGCACGCGGCGCUCCAGCGCGGCGCACAGCCGGCCGUGCACGCGCUUGGCCUCGCGCUCGUGCGUGGCGUCGACCGCGACCGCGGCGUGCUGCACCUGCUCACGCCGCUCGCGCCGGCGCUCCUCGCCACGCGCCUCGAGGCGUCGUGUGCGGCGCUCGGCGUGGUGCACAGCGCGCUUGAGCUUCCGAUCUGGGCGUCGCUCGACGCGGCGGCCUACGCCGACGUGCUCCAGCAGCGCGACGCGGACCCUGUGCCGAUGCUCGCCGGCAUGGCGCGUGCGGAUGUGCCCUAUCUGGCCUUUCCUACGGAGCUGCUCGCCUCGGAUGCGAUCGGCGCACGGCCGCGCAAGGUGCGCCGCAAUUUAAUGCGCCGCGCCCAAAUUCCUUCGUAG